AUGUCUAUCAACUUCAUUCUGAUUCUUCUUAUUCUUCAAUGUCUGAGGUCCUGGAGUUUGUCGGCGGCUUCCCGGCAGACGGAUCCAAAUCUUUGUAACGUCUCAUCUGGUUGGGACCCAACUCCGGCAAAUUACCUUGCAAGCCAGGCGGAUCAGAAUCUACAAAGUUGGUGGGAGAAUGAGCUUUCGAGCGAUGCUCGCAGAUUUGAACAUGCCUUUGGUAAACUGCUUGGUAUCAACCAGUUCCGGUGCGGGAUUUCGUCCAUAUCUAGCUGCACUAUCCCUUCUUGUUUUGAGAUACAAGAAGCCGAGAAUCCUUCGUGGAUCUACCUGGUCGCACUCUCCCUUCAAAAUCUUAACCAAAUGUUUAAUGUUAUGUACAAUGGCAUUACCCUGGGUCAACUGGAUGCAACAAAUCUGGUAGACGACCUUGCAGCAAACAUUUUCGAAUGGAAGGAUCCCGAAUAUCAUGGAAACACGGCUGGGUUCUGGGUAGCCGCCACAUUGACUAGUAUAUGCACAUUUGGUGCAUACAGGGUUGGUACCGCUGUCGGAUCUGCAGCCUUCUUUGGCUUGGGAACCUUUGGAGGCGCAGCUACUUCCCACGUAGCCGAAUCUUUCCAGCCUGCACAGGAUCUUACCAAGGACGACGGGAUUCGCAGCCUUAAUGACAUGUUCUAUAAUCUGAGUUCGGCAGCUCGCAGUGCUAUAGAUUCUUGGGCAAACGACACCUUUGCGGGACAGACCGACGAGAAUGGGUCCUCCAUUCUGGAUUUUGUUAAAGACGGGGCGUUUGUCGACCCAUCUGUGUUGCCUUCACAAACACAAGUUGAAACUUACUAUAGAUCAUCCCUUGUUGCCCGCGCAGUCAACGGACUUUGGAGGACUAAGCCUCUUUACCUCAUAAGUACAACCGCAAAUAUCAGCAAUACUGAACUUCACCAGGAUUCCAGGUACCUCUCUCCACGGACCGGCAAAACAUACGUUCCAUACUACUUCCAUGAUAAAACUCAACUAGAACCACCAGAUUUUGCCGUGUUAAACGGGAGCUUUUAUUCUAUCAAGCCAUCACAAACCACUGAAUCCAGCGCUCGAGCUUGGGAACAAGCGGGUGGGAAUAACUAUACCUCGGAGCUUUCCACAGCCAGGCUCCUGGAGGCUCUUACAUCAAACGAAAGACUGACCCCGUUCCAAGAUGGUGCUAGUUGGGAAGGCAUGUUCACACUACCGGUCUGCGAUGUCGGCACUCGCGUUGAAUGGCUCGUGCCAUAUGGAGGGAAAAUCCUACCUUGUUGCUGUGGGGAAGAUUGCGCUGACACCAAGAAUUUUAUCGAGGCUGCGAACCUCAACAAGUCAGAGAGCUGGCUAGAUGCAUGUCGCGAACAGUUGAGAGACACUUCGUUAAGGUUUGACUCCAUUGAGUAUGGUAUUGAAACUAGCACUGGCGCGGCUGCAUUCUGGAAAAAUCUUGGCUUGGGAAGACAGAUUGGUUUAUCCAUCGGAUGCGCUUGUGGCUUUAUCAUACUUCUCUUCAUGUGCUGGUCUUGUCGUUAG